UCUUGUCCUACUGUCUCCUAACGGUCCAAUACUGAGUCCUGGACCAGCAGGUGCAGACCUAUUUCGAAGAUAUUCCCCUACAGUUUGCUGUAUCAUUUUCUGUAUCAUCAACUAUUAGUGUCUCUAUUUUUUUUUGAAAUUCUUAUUAUUUUUAAAAAAUUGGAGACAUUUUAAGAUGCCACUGUCACGGUCUUUGUCGAUGACAUCUUUAAGUGGCAUACUGCCAGCUUGGGAGGAGGAUGAGUUGCCCGUGGAAGACCUGCUGCUCUUCGAGGUAGCCUGGGAAGUCACCAAUAAAGUCGGUGGAAUCUACACGGUGAUCCAGACCAAGGCCAAGAUCACUGUGGACGAGUGGGGGGAGAACUACUUCAUGCUGGGGCCGUACUUCGAACACAACUUUAAGACACAGGUGGAGGCCUGUGAGCCGCCUUUUCCUGCGAUCAGGAAGGCCAUGGAUGCUCUGAUCCAAAAUGGUUGCCAGGUUUAUUUUGGUCGCUGGCUAAUUGAGGGUAGUCCCUACGUGAUCCUUUUUGACAUCGGUUCUGCCGCUUGGAACCUGGACCGCUGGAAGGAAGACCUGUGGCAGAACUGCAACAUUGGCCUGCCGUACCAAGACCGGGAAGCAAACGACUCCCUCAUCAUAGGAUCUCUCAUAGCCUGGUUCUUCAAAGAGUUAACAGACCAGCUUGGAGACAAGCCCAAUGUCAUUGCUCAUUUCCACGAGUGGCAGGCAGGUCCAGGGCUCAUUCUCUGUCGCUCUCGGAAGAUACCCAUGGCGACAGUCUUCACUACUCACGCAACUCUUCUGGGACGAUACCUCUGCGCAGGGAACGUUGACUUUUACAACAACUUAGAUAAGUUCAACAUCGACAAGGAGGCCGGUGAACGUCAGAUCUACCAUCGCUACUGCUUGGAGAGAGCUGCUGUUCAUUGUUCUCAUGUCUUCACAACAGUCUCGCAGAUCACUGCGGUGGAGGCCAAUCACAUUCUACACAGGAAGCCAGAUCUGGUGACUCCUAACGGGCUGAAUGUAAAAAAGUUCUCAGCCAUGCAUGAGUUUCAAAACCUGCACUCCAUCAACAAGGCUCGCAUUCAGGAGUUUGUCAGAGGACACUUCUAUGGACAUCUGGACUUCAACCUUGAUAAAACACUAUUCUUCUUCAUAGCUGGGCGCUAUGAGUUCUCCAACAAGGGAGCAGAUCUUUUCCUUGAGUCACUAUCCAGGCUUAACUACCUGCUCAGGGUCCACAGAAAUGAUGUGACAGUGGUAGUUUUCUUCAUUAUGCCAGCUAAAACCAACAAUUUCAAUGUGGAGUCCUUAAAGGGGCAAGCUAUACGCAAACAGCUCUGGGAUACUGCUCACACUGUGAAAGAGAAGUUUGGGAAACGGCUGUAUGAUGCACUGUUAAUCGGCAAGAUCCCUGAUAUGGACUCCAUUCUGGACCGAGAUGACUUCACUAUUAUGAAGCGGGCCAUCUAUGCCACUCAGAGACACAGCCUCCCUCCAGUGACAACCCACAACAUGCUUGAUGACUCAACAGAUCCCAUUCUCGCGAACAUCCGACGGAUCGGCCUCUUCAAUUCCAGAAAUGACCGUGUUAAGGUAAUCUUCCAUCCUGAAUUCCUAUCCUCUACAAGUCCUCUGCUGCCAAUGGACUAUGAGGACUUUGUCCGUGGCUGCAACCUUGGAGUAUUCCCCUCCUACUAUGAGCCAUGGGGAUACACACCAGGUGAAUGCACUGUAAUGGGCAUUCCCAGUGUGACGACUAAUCUUUCUGGUUUUGGGUGCUUCAUGGAGGAACAUGUAUCAGACCCUGCUGCCUAUGGUAUUUACAUCGUGGACCGGCGGUUCCGUUCUGCCGACGAGUCCUGUAACCAGCUGACUCAGUUCAUGUUCAAUUUCUGCCAACAGUCACGGCGUCAGCGCAUCAUCCAGCGCAACAGAGCAGAGAGGUUGUCCGACCUGUUGGACUGGAGAUACCUAGGACGGUUCUACAUUCAUGCACGCCUCCUUGCACUCAGCAGAGCGUUCCCUGACAAGUUUAAAGUGGACCCCAUGGCGCCUCUGAAGACGGAGGGUUUCCGCUAUCCCCGGCCAUACUCAGUGCCCCCCUCUCCCUCAGUCUCUGUCCACUCCACACCACACCACAGUGAUGUGGAGGAUGAUGAUGAUGAUGAUGAACCAUACGAUGAAGACGAGGAGGCCGAAAAGGACCGACAGAACAUAAAGGCUCCCUUCAUCCUAGGUGCUGCGACAAAAGGCAAAAAGAAACAACCAGGAGAAUCAGGAAACUGAGACGUAACUGAUUUCCAGAUGAUUCCUAAAGAGGAAAUGAAUGACGACAGCCAUCCGACGAGGACGUGGACCACUUUCAGAAGUAUUCUCUCUUCCACACUGGCAUCUCCUGAAAGUACACCUCAUCUGGGUUUUCAUCAGCUAUGAGAAAAAGAAAAAGACAUCGAGCCAGUCACAUUUCAAUUGCAGCUUCGUAUCAAUUCAAAUAAGGGGUCAUUUUCAUAUAAUUUGAUUCAUAAUGCUAAAGAAAAAACUCAAUCUAAGUUAGCUUUUUAGCUCUCGCCAGUGGCAUUAACGGCAAAGACAGCUUGAGCGAAAAAGAAGAACCCUUUCACUGUAAAAACAUUUUGGCAUUAAAAGUUUGAAAAAUAUUACUUGACAAUACAUCUUUUCGAGAAUUCAAAUACUCAUAACAGUAAAAUUAAUUGAUAUUAAAAAGGAAAUUCAGUGGGCCAUGUCUUCACUGUUAUUAAUCAAAUUACAUGAAAAUGAUUUUUUUUUUUUUUCACAGCCAUUCUCGGGUAGUUUAGUUGUGUGUGUGUUUGGGUCUCCAUGACCCGCGGCUCAAACCAAGCUUUCUGACAGACGACAUCAUGUGGGAUUUUCUUUCUUUUUUCUUUUAACAGAAAGAAGAUUCCGAAACUAUUUAGCCUACGUGUCUGUGACAGUUUUUUUUUUUUUUUUUUAUGACUGCAAGUUUUAUUUGUCAUAAAUCCUGACUGGCACAUUAAAAAUAACCCCUCACCUUCACCCACUAACAUAACGAUGGAAAAACUUUAAAUUUAACGGCAUCUGAAUGUCUUGUAAGCGCACAUCAGAAUUUUAAAUAAUGAUUGUGUUACCUGUGUCCUGGCUGGAAUAGAUAAUAAAGAAUAUAAAGGCAUUUUCAA